AUGGAUUACCAGAACCGAGCAGGCUCCAAGUUCGGCGGCGGCGGUGUCGCCGACAGGUCCGCCACCAACGCCGACCGUCGCGAGCGCCUGCGCAAGCUCGCGCUGGAAACAAUCGACCUCGAUAAAGACCCCUACUUCUUCAAAAACCACGUCGGCAGCUUCGAGUGUCGACUCUGCUUGACAGUCCACCAAAACGAUGGCUCGUACCUGGCGCACACGCAGGGGAAAAAGCACCAAACGAACCUAGCCCGGCGCGCCGCGCGCGAGCAGCGCGAAGGCAAGAACCAAGACCCAUCGAGCAUGCCCGGCACCAUGGGCGUGCAGGUCAAGAAGCAGACGAUCAAGAUCGGACGGCCGGGAUACAAGAUUACCAAAGUGCGGGAUCCGUUGACGCGGCAGACGGGCUUGCUUUUCCAGCUCCAGUAUCAGGAAAUCACGCCGGGUGUUCUGCCGCGUGUGCGGUUUAUGUCGGCGUUUGAGCAGAAGAUUGAGGAGCCCGAUAAUGAGUUCCAGUACCUGGUUGUUGCGGCGGAGCCAUAUCAGACUUGCGGGUUUAAGUUGCAGGCGAAGGAGAUUGAUCGGCGGGAAGGGAGGUAUUGGACAUGGUUUGAUGAGGAUAGCAAGGAGUUUUGGAUUCAGAUUAUGUUCAAGACUGAGCGUGAGGAGCGGUUCAGUGGUGUGCCUGGUUUGGCACCUAUGCGGUCGUGA